CUGCUGCCUCGUGUGGUCACUUUGUGUCAGUUAAUUUAAAUGUAGGAUUUCAAAAUAAGACAUUAGAACUCAGUGAUGGAGGCAGCAGUGGAUCAACAGCUCCUGUGUGCUGUGAUGUUAAAAUCACUGAUUUUCUCUAUGGGCUUUGGUGUGGGAGAGUGAGUGGUUUACAAACUUCACUUUCCUGUUCUGUCUCACAGUGAAAUAAAGACGUGAAUGUGUCGUGAAGACAUCGUAGAUUUAUAGUUUCUUACAUUUUCCUUAUAACCACACAUUUAAAAAAAUGUAAACUCUCCCUUUACAUGGGGGAUCAAUUAAAGUUAAACUUGAAAGUGAACGAGUAAAACACACAGUCAAUCAUCACACACACACACACACACACACACACACACUCUCCUGUAAGCCCCGCCCCUCUGGUAGAACCGCUGAUGAAUGAGAAGUAAAGUGUCUUCUUCUUCUCUUCAGCAGCAGCAGCUGAGUCUCGUCUCUCCGCCGGUGUUUGCCGGUGUUUGCCGGUGUUUCGUCGGUGUUUCUCGGUGUUUCGUCGGUGUUUCUCGGUGUUUCGUCGGUGUUUCUCGGUGUUUCUCGGUGUUUCGUCGGUGUUUCUCGGUGUUUCGUCGGUGUUUCUCGGUGUCGUUCGGAUCCGCGGGGACCACAGUGGACAGGUUACGCCGCAGUGAUGUCAUCACUCCUCCUCUUGCUCCUCCCCCUCUUCAUCCUCACGCCCACCACAGCGCUGGAGUUUCGUUACCACAGAAACGGCGAGAUCGAGAAGUACCUCCACGACAUCAGCACCUCCAACCCCGACAUCGCACACGUGUACAGCAUCGGCCGCUCGGUCAGAGGUCAGCAGCUGUGGGUGUUAGUUCUCAGCCUCAGUCCUCGGCAUCACUCCAUCGGCAUCCCAGAGUUCAAAUAUGUGGCUAACAUGCAUGGAAAUGAGGUCCUUGGCCGCGUGCUGCUGCUUCAGCUCAUCGACGACCUGGUCAGAGGUCACCGCAACAAGGAGGCGUGGUCAGUGCAGCUGCUGAACAGCACGCGCAUCCACAUCCUCCCAACCAUGAACCCGGACGGCUUCGAUGAUGCGGGAACGCACUGUCAGUUCAGCCAGGGCAGGUCCAACCAUAACGGCGUUGACCUGAACAGGAACUUUCCCGACGCGUUCGCUGGAAAGCGACAGCAGGGUCAGUUUGUCGAGGAGACGCAGGAGGCAGAGGUCAGAGCUGUGAUUGGCUGGUUGAGGAGCGAGACGUUCGUCCUCUCUGCGAACCUUCAUGGAGGAGCCCUGGUGGCCAGUUAUCCUUAUGACAACAGCAAUGGAGGCAGCGAGCAGGUGGGCGGGGCCAGCGUCACACCUGACAAUGACGUGUUCGUUCACCUGGCCAAAGUUUACUCCUACAACCACGGCUCCAUGCACCGCGGUGACAGCUGCAAAGACGGAUUGUCAUUCAACGACGGAAUCACUAAUGGUUACAAGUGGUACGCUCUGAAAGGUGGGAUGCAGGACUACAACUACGUGUGGGCUCAGUGUUUGGAGGUGACUCUGGAAGUUUCCUGCUGCAAAUUUCCUCCCAAGGAUCAACUUCCUGCUCUGUGGACGGAGAACAGGGAAGCUCUGCUGGCCUUCAUCAGGCAGGUGCACCUGGGGGUCAAAGGUCGUGUGUUUGAUAGUUUCGGAGUCCCGGUGCAGAACGCAGUUGUGGAGGUCAAAGGUCGCAGCAACAUUUGCCUGUUCAGGACCGACAAAUACGGCGAAUAUUACCGACUGCUGCUGCCGGGAAACUACACCUUCACUGUCACAUAUCCAGGUCACCAGGUGUUGACGGAGACACUCGACGUCCCGCACGGUCCCGACCGCUACUCCGCCCUGAAACAUGACUUCCUGCUGCGGCGCGCAGCGGGUAACUCCACCCAAUAUACCCCCACCGAAUUUAGCCCCACCCCCACCUGUAACUACACGUUAAACGUGGAAGGGGGCGGCGGCGCAGUGGCCACGCCCACGUGGACAGGAGUGAGCGCAGCGCUCGGAUUGUGGGCGGCGCUGAGAUUUCUCUCUGACUGAAGACCCAGCGGACGUGGUUUGGUCUUUGAUGUUGGACAUUUUCAGGUUUAUAAAGAGACAUUUUGACGUUUUUUUUCGCUGCCAAAGACGCCGCAGUUACAUUGAAGCAGCAGUUAUAGCUCCUAUCCUCGCAAAAAAGGGGGCGGAGCUGGGAGCAAAUGUCUGCUUUUCUUGAAGAGGUGUAAACAAAACAAAAUGAAGGCUGAAUACCAUUUAGCUGCAUCAGUUUCAGGGUCCUAGUGUCGCUCACACUAGGAGAACUUUGCUUUCUUUUUCCUGUCGUUCCUGAUAAUCGCCUGUAGAUGGCGAUCUCCGGGCCACGUCAUUUUUAAGUAUUUUUAUUUGAUUGAUUUAUUUGAUUUUUUUUUUAAUUGUGAUUUUUUUAAAAAAAAAAUUCAAAUCGGGGGAAAAAAUACAAAAAGGAAAAUGAACUAGGGAUGAAAGUUACCCACAAACAAGAUUUAAAAAAAUGACUCCACCUGGUGGCAGAAGCUGUGCAGCACAAACAUGGAAAAUAAAUACUGACUGAUUAUUGCAAAUUAAAAUAGAUACAAAAAUAUAUAUAUAUUCAUCUAGGAUGUGCUGCACAUCUUCUACCACAAGGUGGUGCCUCUGGGCUAUUUUCUUUUACUUUCUUAUGAGUUUAGUGUUUAUUGUAUUUCCUUAUAUUUUUAUAUAUAUUAAAAAAAUUCUAAAAAUUAAAAAAAAAAAUACCUGAAAGGCGCAACCUGGUGGCAGAAGAGGAGCAGUACACCCAACAUUAAAAAAACUUCAAUAUUACAAAAAUUUAAAUAUAUGUCGGAUGUGCUGCACAGCUUCUGCCACCAGGUGGUGACGUUGAGUAAAAAAAUUCUAACAUCAUUUUGGAAAUUUGAUUUUUAUUAAUGAUUUAAUUUACACUUGAAGAUUGAAAAUAUUAAGUUUGACUCAAUGGCGCCACCUGGUGGCAGCAUGAAGUACUUCCAUGGCACGUUUGUUUGUUUGUUGAGUAGAUUUAAAAAAUAAAUUACAAAUUGACAAAUGUUACUAAAAUACAUGAUUACUUGUGAGGUCAGAGGUCGACAACUUGGCGAAUCAAUGGAUUAAAUGACUGGGAAUAUACAGUGUAUAUUCAUACAUAUACAGAUAUAUAUAUAUAUAUGCAGUAUUUAUAUACAUGCAGCGUGUACUUGUACUUCAGGUCAGAAACUCAGAGGCCUUCAGCAGAUUUGUGCCAAAUAUUUCUCUGUUUGUACUUUAAAUAAAGUGCCAUCAUCAUCAU